AUGCCGAAGCCUGCGCGCGCUGAGAUCAGCGCGCCCAGGCUUCGCGGACCUCUCCGCGAGCAGCGGCAGCGCUGCCGCUGCUUGCGGAGAGUUGCCGGCAUGCCGAGCCUGCGCGCGCUGAGAUCAGCGCGCCCAGGCUUCGCGGACCUCUCCGCGAGCAGCGGCAGCGCUGCCGCUGCUUGCGGAGAGUUGCCGGCAUGCCGAAGCCUGCGCGCGCUGAGAUCAGCGCGCCCAGGCUUCGCGGACCUCUCCGCGAGCAGCGGCAGCGCUGCCGCUGCUUGCGGAGAGUUGCCGGCAUGCCGAGCCUGCGCGCGCUGA